AUGAAACACCGUGCGCGCUCUUCGUCCAACGUCAAGGCGCCCACGGAUCUUGCACGCCUCCGCGAGCAGCGCGAUUCCUUUGCCGACGGCGCAGCACACAAGCAAUUCCUCUCUGCCCACGAUAGCCAAGUGUUUGGGGUGCCUCUUGAGGAGUCCGUGCGGGUGGCCGGGGUGGGUAUCUCGCUCCAGGCGCCGCAACCCGGCGAGCUCGUAUUGUACGGCUCGAUUCCGAUGGUGGUGGCAAACUGCGGGCGGUUUCUCAAGAAGAAUGCGCUCGAGGUGGAGGGGAUUUUCCGGAUAGGUGGAAGCUCCAAGCGAGUCAAGGAACUCCAGUUUGUGUUCAGCUCCCCGCCGAACUAUGGGCGAAACCUUGAUUGGGAACUCGGGGGGUACCACGUGCACGAUGCGGCGUCGCUUCUCCGGCGGUACUUAAACUCGCUCCCGGAGCCGUUAGUGCCGUUAGAGAUGUACGAGGAGUUCCGGGCUUCUGCCUCGGCCCGGCAUAUCCUCCUUGGCGAAAUCAACUCCGCGCUCGCCGACUACAAGACCCUCCUCAACCGCCUCCCGCCCACCAACAAACAGGUUAUUUUGUACCUCCUUGACAUGCUCAACCUCUUUGCCAUGAACUGCAAGGCCAACUUGAUGCACGCCAAGAACCUCGCCGCCAUUUUCCAGCCAUCGUUGCUCAGUCACCCCAAUCACGACCUCGAUCCAAGCGAGUACGACAAUUCCCGGCCGGUGGUGGAGUUUUUGAUCCAGUACGCCGACCGUUUGUUGCCGAAUUUAACCAAGAGUGAC